UCUGCCCAGACUCUCGUCGGGGUUGUUGAGCCACGGACUGCUGCGCUGCCGCGACUCUGAGGCACCGCGACUGUUUUGGAGCUCUAAACUAUACCCGAGAUCUAUCUGUGACAUUUAAGCCCAGAGGAAAGCCUUUUGUCUGCCUUCGAUCAGCAGGAAGAGACAGUCUGUGAAUAAACUCCAUCAUGAACUGGGCAUUCCUCCAAGGCUUGCUCAGUGGGGUGAACAAGUACUCCACAGCCUUCGGUAGAGUGUGGCUGUCCAUUGUGUUCCUCUUCAGAGUCAUGGUGUUUGUGGUGGCGGCUGAAAAGGUGUGGGGAGAUGAGCAGAAAGACUUCAAAUGCAACACGGCUCAGCCAGGAUGCCACAACGUCUGCUACGACCACUUCUUCCCAGUGUCCCAUGUCAGGCUGUGGGCCCUGCAGCUCAUCUUCGUCACCUGCCCCUCAUUACUGGUGGUGAUGCAUGUGAGCUACAGGGAAGAAAGGGAGAAAAAGCACAGGGAAAAGUAUGGCGAAAACUGCCGCCGACUUUACCUGAACACUGGGAAGAAACGCGGAGGUCUGUGGUGGACCUAUGUCCUCACUCUGCUUUUCAAAAUAGGGGUGGAUGUGACCUUUGUCUACCUUCUCUACCACAUCUAUGAGGGGUAUGACUUCCCCCCUCUAAUGAAGUGCACACAGGAACCAUGUCCCAACACAGUGGACUGCUUCAUCUCUCGGCCUACUGAGAAGAAAAUCUUCACCCUCUUCAUGGUGGUCACCAGCCUGGCCUGCGUCCUGCUCUCCAUCUUCGAGGUCAUCUACCUGGUGGGGAAACGCCUCCACGAGUUAGUCAAUGGGGAUCAUCACUCAAAUCGCGUGACCAACACGUUGUCCAGCAGAUCCAGUCUGAUGGAAUCGAACGCUAUGAAACAUACAGGGAAAAAAACACCCGAAACGCCUGCACCCUCAUACAGCGCAGCUGUGUCAUGAGACGCGAGAGCAAAGACUUUCUGAAAGAGCACAGAGACGGAGAGCAAGCAAAAGCCGGCACUCCUAGCUGCCUCAAGACUUGUUGGUAUAAAGUACCUCAAAGACUGAUUUUUUGUACAGAGUUUGUAUUUCUGGAUCAGAAUAUACGUGUCAUACUGUUGGUAAAUAUAAUGUAUUGUAAGUGAAAAGCUCUACUGUUGUUUUAAAGAAAGAAAAACAAACGUUUCAUAGGUCGCUUUGUUUGAUUUAGACUUGGGAUCAGAAGCGUGAGUCACUCCUUGGUUUGGCAAGUUUUACCAGCACAUGUGGUUCCUCUGUGUAAGAUUUUCCCUGUGCUUAAGCCCAACCUCAAAUGUUCAGCCUGCUGAGAGUCUGCCCCUUUCCCUCAGAGCCUGACGUUGGAUAUUACUUGUUUUUGUUAGUGUUGUGUUUUCCUGCUUUUUGUAUUUAUGCUGGGGGCAAGAAUGUGGUUUUCAUAAACACAGCUGAUCAGGAUGAGGAUAUUUUACAUUCGACCUCACUGCAUACGUGUUAAUAUUUUGUAAUAAAUAUUAUUUUAUGUUUUAAA